AGCAGAGUUCAGUUGGUCGUACACUGUGCUUUUAUCGUGAAACAAUUACCUAUGUUGUGUCCUUCUGUAAGGGGUUACAUUGUGCUUUUAUUUCUAAAGAAUACUCGAGUUUAGUUGUCUUCUGCAAGCCUUCCAUUGUGCUUUUAUUUUGAAACAGACAGCAGGAUGUUGUGUCUCGUGGCGUUUUCCGUAUUUUCUGUUCGGCACGGUGUGUAGCCUGUUAUGGGAGCAGAGGGAGCCCAAAUGAAACGGUUCUGUCCGGGACGUGAUUUGGAGACAUAAGGCCACAUACCGGAAGUCUGGGAAACCCCUUCCUGGACCCAAACAGAACCAGUCCGGAGGUUCUCAUCACGGGGCAGCAGUAACAUGGGGCCGAACCCUGGGGAGGUUCGGGUACCUUAGCUGUGUGGGUCCGUCACACACAGGAAGACACACAAAUCUUUGUUCGUGUGUUUUUUCUUCCAUGGGACACGACCGGGCUUCCCCUCCGCUCUGCCGCUGUUUCACCGCCGUGACACCAGCCCUGUGGGCCGGUGUGGACCGACCACCGAGCCGCCGGCUCCUCAUGGACUCCCCCCAGUAGUUUUGUUUAUUUAUUUGUUUGUUUUGUUUUGUUUUGUUUGGCCGCUCUCACCGCAGCAGUCACCAUGUUCUCCGUGAGGAUCGUCACCGCGGACUACUACCUGGGGAGUCCCGUUAAAGGCCUGGACGUCUGCUACUCGGACUUCAGGGACAGCGACGUGAGGAGGGUCCCGGUGGUUCGGGUCUUCGGAGCCACGCCAGCAGGUCAGAAGACGUGUCUCCAUCUCCAUGGUGUGUUCCCCUACAUCUACGUGCCGUACGAUGGUUCCUCCCAGCAGCCAGAGCGCUACCUGCGGCAGGUGGCGUUCAGCAUCGACAGGGCGCUUAACGUGGCCAUGGGAAACCCCGCCUCCAACACCCAGCACGUCUUCAAGGUGGUGCUGGUCUCUGGCAUGCCUUUCUACGGUUAUCACGCCAAGGAGAAGCACUUUAUGAAGAUCUACCUGUACAAUCCACAAACAGUGAAAAGAGGAAGCAGCAGCAGAGCCAGACAGACCAACCUCUGGCCCCACCGUUAGCCCCUGCAGGAGCCCCGGUACCUCCAAGCUUAAUGAYAGCACUCUGGGGGGCACCUUUGUGCGCUGGGAGGAGAGCUCUUUACCCUGCUCCUUACUGCUGGAUGAGACUGAGAGGCAGAGCACCUGUGAGCUGGAGGUUGAUGCUGUGGCUGUAGACAUCCUGAACCGCCUCGAUAUUGAAAAUCAGAUUGGCAGGAACCCGGGUCUGCAGGGUAUCUGGGAGGAUGAGAAGCAGAGGAGGAGAGAGAACAACCAGACCUCCCAGAUUGAAGCCCCCGACUCUCAAGAUCGUGGUUGUGUCACCUCAUCGGACAGUGAAAACAUCUUCCUGAAGAGGCUGAAGCAGAUUCUGCAGGAGAAUCAGUUUGAUGUGACUCAAGAUUCAUUUGUGGACCAAGAGGAUUUCUCAGGUGACCUUACUCUGCACUCUGACCUCCUGACCCCUGGCAGACUACCAUCUACUCCUGCUAAUGUGGUGGAGAUUCACAGGGAUUCACAGCCAGACUCGGGGAGGAGCAGCAGAAAGGUCCAAGAGGAGGCUGUUGUUGAUGAAGAGGCCAUAUUGAGUCUUCUGGAGAGCAGUCAGACUUUUCUUCCAGGGUCCCAGUCACCCACCCGCUCACCCCUGCUAGACACUAGUCAGGACCACGCCAUCAUUGAUUUGCUGGCGGGCCUGGAAGACGAUGGUUUCCACAGGACCACUGUCAGGCAGAACUCCCGGUCCCAGUCAUACCCUGGUGCUAGGAGCUACCAGUGUAACAGCGAUGAGGAAGAAGCAGGACCGGAGCUGGACAAGGAGGAGGCGGAGCUUAGCGUGAUCAUGUCUCAGCAGUGGGACAAGGAGCCACUGGACAGCUCACCCUCAUCACAGAGGUCUGCAGUGACUGAGGCAGAGGACGGCUUCAGUGACGAGCAGCAGGAGUCCUCUGAUGAAGACAUGGAGUGGAGUGGGAACAACUCUCUGUUUGCCAACCUCUCCAUCCCACAGCUGGACGGGGCAGCGGAUGAGAGCAGCGAUUCCUCUUUGACUGACAGCGGCUCCAUGUCCCAGUCCUCACUCACAGUCACUGAACAGCUGCUGGGGAAGACAAAUCCUUUCACUGGGGAGGGAGUCCACCUGGAGCCACCUUCUUCUGCCAAGACCCUUUUAGAGUACAAGCAUCCUGAACACAGAUCAGUCCACAUGUUGGACUCAGAUGAACCUCUAGACAAGCACUUUCAGCUAAAAGGCAGCCAGGACAGCAGCAGUGAAUGUUCAUCUGGGUUUAAGGUUAAUAAAGAAAUGCCUUACAUCUUACCAGUCAAACACCCAAUUCCUUGCAAAAUAGCCAAUCACCCCGAGGCAUCCCCCAUCUGCAUGGACAAAGAGGACAUACGACCCCUGUACACAUACGACAACAAAACCUCUUUAACUCUGGAUAAGGCCGAGCUCCAGGGUUUCCCCUUUGGUACCAGGAAGGUCACCAAGAACAGGAAGCUGUACGACAGCAUGAAGAAUGUAGAAACUAACUGCCUGUCCCUUUUCCAGAACCACGGCACCUUUUCACUUUGCUACUCAGACCGAAGAAACUGCUCAGCCAAGACCGAGGUGGACCUGACCCCGGAGAACAGGAAGAGCCCCAUCAGGAGGAGCAUCACCUCCGUCUUGCCUCCCACGGUGGAGGACAGCUUCCUGGAGUCACGCGGGGAGGAAACGGUCCAGGGAAGUGAAGAGGGAGAUGUUGGAGAACUCAAAAUUAGAUACGAAGACUACCAGGACAACAAGACUGAGAGGACUGUCGGGGCUCAGCAGGAGGCACACUACAAGUUUUUCCCCAGCGUCAUUCUCUCCAACUGUCUGAGCAGAAAGAAAACUGGGAAUAAAAAGCUGGGUGAGCCCUGCAGUGAUCUGGAACUGGUUCCAUCGUGCAAAUCAAAGCUUAAAGUUCCUAAAAAACGUCUUGGAAUGGCAGGACAAAGGGGCAAGGCAAGGACAGUUCAAAGCUCUGACGGUCCAGCUGACACUAACAUGGACUCUGCAGCUCCUUCUGUUCUGGUGGACUCACAGAAUCCUGUUUUAAAGGAUCAACCAAUAAAACUGACAGAGCCCAUUACAGAGGAGCCAAAUCACGAAGUUCAAACAAUCAUCAAGGAGGAGGAACCAGCUGCAGAGCUCAUCUUCCCCAAUGCCUCCAGGUUUGAGUCUCUUUCUGAAGAAGCCAAAGACCUUUUACCUAAUUUAUCUGCUAAAGGGACCUGCUCUAAACCACCAGCACUACCUGUGAGCAAGUAUACACUGAGGGCCAAGCGCAGGAUGAAGUUCAGUAGAGAUGAGAGAGAAGGACCCAGUCAUCCUAAAAACCUGACCUCUGUCAAAGAAAGACUCGAGGACAGCCUUGCUCCCAGGAGGCAGGAUUUCAAACACCAGAGAAGACGCAAGAAGGAGCCUCCUGUCAUCAUCAAAUACAUCAUCAUCAACAGGUUCAAAGGACAGAAGAACAUGUUGGUGAAGAUGUCCAAGGUCAAUGCAGAAGAACCGCUGGUGUUGUUGACACCUAACAAAUUGGAGAAGUAUGAUAAAUUAGCCCCUCUGAGGGACUUUUGGCCCAAAGUGCCAGAGUCCACCGCUGUCAAGUUACCCAUUCACGAGCCCAAAGCCAAGAAACAGCCCAAAAGAAAAUCAAAGGUCAACAGCACCAAUAAGACCACCAUCAACGUCUCAUCCAGACCUCGUGCUAGACGUGGUGAGAGGAUCCAGAAGGGUCGAGGCUGCCUGAGAGGCCCGGUCCUGCCCUCCCUGCCCCCUCCUCGACCAUGCUACUGUGAGCUCGCAGAAGACCACGACAGCCAGUACACCGACGUCAUGGUAGAGCUGGGCUAUCUCUCUGAUUGUUCCCCGAGUCCCUCAGAGUCCACACCUCCACGCUGCUGGUCCCCCACUGACCCCCUGAUGGACAGCAGCAGCUCUGAGCCGCUGGUAAACCCCCGGAGGGACCCCUGUCUCAGUUCUGCUCGGCACAAGCCCCGCACCAAGCCUCUGAUCAAAAGAGCCCAAAGAAAGGCCCAAACUGCCAAACCCAAGAAGUCGACGCAUUCACGAAGAAAAAUAAACAAGUCUGCUACCCCGUCUUCAGGAGCACAAGAAACCAAGAAGUCGAGAAGAGGCAACACUGUGAGGCAGAGCCACAAGGCUAAAGGUGCACCUGAAGGUCCUUCAAUGGCUCCAAAACCCAGGAGGUCCUGGAAGAGGAAACCCAUCAAAUGUGAUGAUCUGAGUAAGGACAGGUGUCCUCCGUCCUCUCAAGACGUUCCUCUGUCUCAGCAGCCAGGCAGCAGCAGCCAGGGCAGGUCUCAGUUAAUGGAACUGAAGGUGGAGGACUGUGAAACCUCCAUCAUGGACGUCAACCAGAGAUUUUCAGCUGAGACGAAGCAGCAAGGCUGCCAGACCACCAGGGUGAAGGUAGAGUUUUCUCAGGAGGACUGCACCGCUAAUCAGUCCUCACAGAAAGACUUCCCACGCCCCCUGCCAGGAGGAGAGUCUCCACGCUCGGGUCCUAAGAACGGACAGCUAGGCUUUGAGACGCCCUCUGGCCUGGCUGUCCUCAAGCAGCUCCUCCAGAAGAGACAGCAAGGACAGGCCCUUCCCGUUCAGGUGGUUGGAUCGGACAGGCAUACCACUGCCAUGGCUCAGGCUGCAGCGCUGUUCAGCUCCUCGACUAAACACACUAAACCCGUAAGAACCACCUCCACCACCCCUCGCAAACCCAGGACCCUGAAGUCUGCAGCUGCUGAGGACAAAAAGCCCCGAACCAAGAGAACGAAGCCCAGCAGCUCUCAGCCGGACGUUUCAGUGAGGCGGGACGUGUCCGAUGACUGUCACCACUUCCUGUCCGACCCGGGGUUAGACAGCUGUAACUUCAUGGAGGACAGCUUGUCCCCAGAGCUCCCUCACAGCUACAGCUUCGAUAUAAACACCGUCCAUCACUCACACUUCUCCAGUCCCUACAGUGGCACUCAGUUCGUUCUGACCGACAAAAGCUUACCGCUCAAGUUCCUCAGUGACGUCAGUCAGGAAGCACAGGGCUCGGAUCUUUCCCAGAACCAAACUGCUCGUCAGGUGUCCUCUCAGAGAGGCUGUGAGCYGAGCAAGACCAGGUCCACCAGCCCUGUAUUCUUUGACAGGUCUGAGGAGUCUGCGUCCAACCCUGSGAAAGCCACAAGCGUCGAGUGGGACAUGUCUUACGGCAAGUCCCACAUCCUCAGCCCCUUCCAGGACUUCCACUGCGAGAGGAAAGAGUUUCUCUUAUCAGCGUUSGACCCAGUCAUACCGCUGCCUUUAAGCUCCACCUCCUUCGUCGACCACGUGUGCUCGCCGACCAGCGAGCUUCCAGAGAGCAUGGAUGGGCUCACGUCCACCACGCCCAGCAGUUCUCCCCACUCCAUCAGUUCGGUGUCGCAGGUGAGAGCGAGUCAGCUGCAGCGGGGGGCGGGAGGGGGCGGAGCCCACAUUCUCAAGCCCCUCAUGUCCCCCCCGAGCCGGGAGGAGAUCCUCAGCACUCUGCUGGACCUGGAGAUGUCUGAGGACACGGUGCUGGAGCCAUUCUGCAGCGAUCCGUCUGACGCUCCAAACAAGCCCAUGGAGGUGGGAGGCCGUAAGCUCACAGUCGGCACCAGAUCAGUGAAGGAGCUCGCAGAGUUCGGUGGRGAUCUGUCUUUGGAGGGUCUUCGUUUCUGGAAGACUGCCUUCUCAGCCAUGACGCACCCUGCCRCCAACAUGACCCCGUCUCCUCAGGAGGUGGAGACCUGGGAGGGAGCCGGAGACGGGGCGGAGCUUAAUCCAUCCAGGAGAGACAAAAAGAUCAUCCUCCUUCCCUGCAGGAUCCCCCCGAGCUGUGAGCAGGUGCAGCUGUGGCUGAAAGCCAGGAAACAGUACGAGAGUCUGCAGAAGGUGGGGGGCAGGACCGGGACUGACGUGGUGGAGCGGGACCCAGAGGGACCGGAGGAGUCGGCUCCUUCCUGUUGUCCUGCAGGGACUGUUGAACACUGUGGGGACAUUUCCAGUGUUAGACCUCAAAGCAGGAAGAAACUCAACCUGUCCUUAGCUCUGUCUCCUCUGAUGAAGACCACCUCACAGUGUGAACCCACCCACCUCAGWCCACCCGCAGACCACACCCAUGUGGGUCUUGAGCACAAGGAUGAAGAAGAUGAUGGUAAAAUGUCGUCUCCAGAGUCCCCCGAGCUGCCUCCGUGGCAGCAGCCUCCUCAGCCCAGCUCCUCAGAACCAGACUGUGUCAGCAGAAGCAGCCCAGCAGAACCUGGUUCCCCCAGACUCUCUGACUCCCAGGAGAGAGUCCGGACGGACCACUCUCCCUCUCUUUUCCACACUGGAGUCGGGGACGAGUGCGGGACAAGUCCACAGCUGCUGCACAGCACUCCUUACAUGAGGAAGAGGAGGAGGAGCGAAGAAGAGCUGGAGCCAGUGUGCAGCACCCCCAUAAGUGACGACGAUCCGGUUCCUCUGAGACGUCACCAGAAACGAAGGAGCCAGGCCGAGCCCCUGAGAAGAGUUUUACUGAGCACUCAGAUGAAGAACCAGUUUGCUGCUUUGACUGUGCCAAAGAAAGAGCAGUCCCAGAUCGAAGGGCCCAGCUUAACCAACUCCUACGGCUUCAAGGUCAGCAUGCAGAACCUGCAGGAGGCCAAAGCUCUGCACGAGGUUCAGCACCUCACUCUGAUGGGGCUGGAGCUCCACGCAAGAAGUCGCCGUGACCUGGAGCCCGACCCAGAGUUCGACCCCAUCUGUGCCUUAUUUUACUGCUUCAGUUCCGACACGCCGCUCCCAGACGUAGACACCACCCGGCUGACCGGCGCCAUCGUGGUGGACAAGAACCAUGAGAGCUGUGGCUCAG